AUGUGCUAUUUCAUUUACUUAGACAUUGAUAAGAGCUGGAUUACAAAGCCACGAGGUAGUGUAGAAUAUAGGGAUGGACUGAAUAUAUUCCUAGACUUCGCAUUUUCCAAUGCAUCAUCCGAUGGGAUGAUACAUUGUCCAUGCCCUAUGUGUGGGUUCCCGUUUUUCCAGACUAGAGAAGAUGCAUACGAUCAUCUUUUGAUGAAACCAUUUCCCUCUAACUAUACCUUUUGGUUACAUCACGGUGAGAGGAUCGUAGACGAGAGGCCCAGCGAUAGGGAAGAACUAGAUCCCACUAUAAAUUCAGGAGAUCAAAUGCAUGACAUGAUCCACGACGCAUUCAAUUUGCCGGGACUGCAGAGUGAGGAUGAAGAUCCCAUGGAUGGGCAUGCUGGAGACGUUGCUGAUGGGUUGCCGUACUUAUCUGAUGAACCUAGUCACGAGGCUCGUGCCUUUCAAGACUUGCUUAAGGACGGUGAGCAGGAAUUAUAUCCGGGAUGUUCAAGAUUCUCGAAGAUGUCUUUCCUGGUGAGGCUGUACCAUAUAAAGUGCAUGUGUGGAGUGAGAAACAAGGCUUUUGGAUUGAUUCUAGAGCUAUUGGGGGAUGCCUUUGAGCAUGAACAGAUUCCGAAGACCUUGCACGAUGCCAAGAGGAUCAUAAGGAAGCUAGGUAUUGAGUACAAGAAGAUAGAUGCAUGUCCGAAUGACUGCAUGCUAUACCAGGGUUCCGACCACGACCUGUCUAGAUGCAAACGGUGUGAAGCAUCUAGGUGGAAGCAGAAGACCAGGAAGAAUUCUGUAGUAAGGAUCAACGCCGUUGUCAAGAAGAAUGGUAAACCUCAGGCGGCGAAAGUUCUUCAUUAUUUUCCUCUGAUUCCACAGUUGCAGCGGUUAUUCAUGUCCAGCAAGACAGCUGUGGACAUGUUGUGGCACAAGAGAGGCACCAACUCUGACGGUUUCUUGAGGCAUCCCAGAGAUGGCGAGGAUUGGAAAGCAUUUGACAUGAGAUAUACUGACUUUUCUGGUGAUCCGCGUAGUGUUCGCUUAGGCUUGGCCAGUGAUGGCUUCAAUACUUAUGGAAACCUCAGUUCAAAGUACUCAAUAUGGCCAGUGAUUCUUAUUCCAUACAACUUACCCCCAUGGAUUUGCAUGAAACAAACCAACUUUAUAUUCUCUAUGAUUAUUCCCGGUCCUAAAAUGCCUGGCAAUGACAUAGAUGUAUACCUACAGCCCCUGAUCGAUGAGUUGAAGCAGUUGUGGGCCGGUGUUGAUACCUACGACGCCAGUGAGAAGAAAACAUUCAAGAUGCGUGCUGCGUUGAUGUGGACUAUCAGCGAUUUUUCUGGCUUGGGUAAUUUAUCUGGUUGGAAUACGUACGGCGGGAGAGCCUGCCCCAUGUGUAAUUUGGACGCCGAGACUAUGCGACUUACCUUCAGUCAGAAAUGGUGUUAUAUGGGUCAUCGGUGCUUCUUGAAUCGUGAUCACAGAUAUAGACAAGACCGGAUUAGAUUUAAUGGUAAAGUAGAGGAUAGAUCCCCACCUACCAAAUUGACUGGCAGGGAUAUCCUGAGACAAUUGGAGGGUGUGCCCGUCUCAUAG